CCCCUACAAAUACCAUUUCUGUUGCUGUGUGGACGGUCGUUGCAGUCGUUGUCGCUGUCUGUGGCGUUUCACGAACGAAUAGUUCACUCAUACAAACGUCACUGGAAUUGUCUAUAUUAUUUACAAGCAUCGUCUUCGGGAUCCAAGGGGUCUAAAAUCACCGCAGGAAGCAGAGUUAGUCCGCAAAUAGUGCGUGUGCCUCUGAGUACAGCUGGGAGGUGGGAACGUUUGGAAACUCGCCGUCACCUUUCUGCUUCGAUCCGUUGCUCCAGUACAAUGUCGCACAACACAUUAUGGUGGUGAGCAUCCAAGAAACUGAGUGAUCGCCACAGACAGGGGACAUCAUGGACGGUGACCAGACACCUGCCUUCAGUGGGGCAGAGGAGGAGGCCUCUUUCUACAAGGACUUAGCCGAAAAAUAUAGACUAAAGCUGGAAGAAACUCAGGUCGAACUGGAGGAGUUCCAGGCCAGUAGCCGCGACCUUGAAGCAGAGUUGGAAGCACAGCUGGAACAGUACGAGAAGAGCAAUGCUGAAUUGCGUUCGGUGGCAGCAAAGCUUCAGCAAGAGAAUGAGUCGUUGCAGGAACGGAUCUCACGGGUACAGCUCGAAAGCCAGCGGCAAGUUUCUGACCUGCAGGCACAGUUGGCAGACGUCACUGCCUCCAGAGAAAAAAUGUGCAACUACAUCCGUGAGUUGGAGCAGUCUAAUGACGACCUUGAGAGGGCCAAAAGGGCAACAGUAGCAUCCCUUGAAGAGUUUGAAUCCAAGCUGAACUCUGCGAUCGAAAGAAAUGCAUUUCUCGAAAGCGAAUUGGACGAAAAGGAGGAGAUGGGCUUCAUGGUGCAAAGGCUAAAAGACGAAGCACGAGACCUUCGACAGGAACUACAAAUCCAACAGCAGCAUCCACCUACGCAGCCCUUUAUGGAAAAGAGUAGCAACCUGGCUCGCAAGCUGGCUAAAGUGGCUCCCACAGAGCAGACGCCCAAUGCUGUGGAUUCCAAUCGGCUCGCUGUUGAGAAUGGCAUGCCUCACAAAGUGCUGUCAACAUCGAGCAAUAGUGGUGCAACCCACUGUCAGACGCCACUGACGCCUUCUGCUAGGAUAUCUGCUCUUAAUAUUGUUGGAGACCUGCUCAGGAAGGUUGGGACAUUGGAAUCGAAGCUGGCAUCUUGCCGAAACUUUGUUAAGAGCCCUCAGAAGGAAGAUGGAGGAAGCAUUCCAGGCACUGGAGUGGUCAUUUCGCCUCAUGGGCGUCCCCAUGUCAAGCAACGAGCACUUUCUAGCCCGCAAGAGUUUGUGCCUGUUGCAUUUUGAAGGCUGUUGUAUUGUUCGUAUUUUAUUUUAUGUACCAUGCUGUUAGACAACAAAAAAAGAAAAAAACAUUCUGACAUGCUUCGAAGAGGGGAGUGGAAUGGCUCGGUUGGAUUUGGGCUUGAAUUUACGCUGUACUACAGAACGUACGUAACGUGAAGUGAAGCCAGCACACGCGAUUAUGCGUAUGCUCACAUGCAGGUACCGUUGACGUCGACGAAGUUGCUGCUUCGGCAUUCGUAUCACCCAUCAUUCUGUUGUGCAUUGUUUUAGCUGUGCAGUAUUUAACGGGAGAGGUUUUUUUAAGAAUGUCAGUGUGAGCAUUGGCGUAGCGAAUGCUGGACAAGUUUUUUUCAAUUUUAAGUUCGGGAGACAAACUUGCUUUUUGGUGCACGACUCGCAAAAUGUGGAGACUAGCAAUAGUUAAUCGCGCAUGAGCAUGGCAGUGUUUGUAUUUUAUCUUCUGUAACAUAAUAUUUAUGCGCCUUUUUCCAUUUCUUGGUGCUUUUGUGCGGCAUAUUUAUUUGUUCCAUUUUACCAAGUUCUCUGUGCGCAGUCAUUUUGUUUUGUUGAUGCUGUAUAGAAAAGGGAAUGGGGAGAUACAAAAAGUACUUUGACAUUAGAGCAUGGCAUAGACUUUGGCAUGCUGCAUGUGGGAGCAUUAUAACCAAGCUGUAGACAACUUCAGAGCCUAAUGUCUUUGCCCAGCAAAAAGGGGCUGUAUUUGUCAGAUUCUUAGCACCACACUAUGUUGUACACAAUCAAUAAACCAUUUUGUAUACAAAG